CCAGGCCCUCUUUAAUUGAGCAGAGGAGGAGCUGGCCCUUGGCUGGGGCCAGGAGAACAUCACUGCGGCUCUCCCCCAAGUGGCUGGAGCACAGGAAGCCCGAGUAGGAGAGCUGGCCUCAGCUGUGAGCUCAGCCCCCAGUCCCCAUGGCAGGCCUCUGCUUUCUCCUGGUUCUUCUCUUGGCAGGCAGAAUCCCGCUCGACGCUGCUACACGAUUUCAAGACGUGGCGAGCCACGGAGGAGCAGCUGCCCCUGUCAUCAGGCACCAGGACCGACUCCACGGCUGGUCUCCUGACCAAAGCAUGUGGAAUGAAAAACUCUACCCUGUCUGGAAAGAGGGGGACUCCCGGUGGAAAAGCUGCUGGAAAGGAGGACAGGUGCGGGCCAUCCUGACCAGUGACUCCCCAGCACUGGUAGGAUCCAACAUCACCUUUGUAGUGAGCCUGGUGUUUCCCAGAUGCCAGAAGGAAGACGAAAGCGGUAACAUCAUCUAUGAGUGGAGCUGCAAGAACGGCACUGCCUCAUCUCUGGAUUCUUACGUGUACAACUGGACGGUGUGGACUGAGGAGCGAGAUUGGGGAAAGUGCCCAAACAGAAGUACCCAUCAUGUGUUUCCAGAUGGGAAGCCCUUUCCUUGCCAUCCUGGAUGGAAGAGGAAGAAUUUUGUUUACAUCUUUCAUACACUUGGCCAGUAUUUCCCAAAAUUGGGACGAUCUUCAGCUAUAGUUUCUGUUAACACAGCCAACAUGUCUCUUGGCCCCCAACUCAUGGAAGUGACUGUGUACAGAAGAGGACACAGAGCCUAUGUUCCAGUUGCAUCUACCAGGGAUGUAUAUAUGGUAACAGACGAAAUCCCCGUAUUUGUGAAUAUGUCCCAGAAGAAUGAUCGCAAUUCAUCCGAUGCCGUCUUCAUCAAGGACCUUCCUGUCGUAUUCGACGUUCACCUCCAUGAUCCCAGCCACUUCCUGAACACUUCCACAAUCCACUACAAGUGGGAGUUUGGAGACAACAGUGGCCUCUUCGUUUCCAACAGUCCUGUUUUUAAUCAUACUUACACACUCAAUGGGAGCUUCAUUCUUAACCUGACCGUCCAAGCUGCUGCCCCUGGACUGUGUCCUAGGCCUUCACCCACUCCCCCAGCGCCUACCUCUGCUCACUCUAUAGUAAGUAUUGUAAAGUCCUCUGAUGCCGCCACCCCAUUGCCUACUGAUGCCAGCCUAGAAGAUUGGAGGAGAGCGGCUCCUGAUGAAAGCUGCCAGGUCACCAGAUAUGGCCAUUUUCUGGCAUCUCUCACUAUUGUAGAGGGAAUCCUUGAAGUUAAUAUCAUUCAGAUGACAAAUAUUCAGAAGGCGGUGUCGCAGACAGAAGACUCCACAAUCGACUUUGUCGUCACCUGCCAAGGGAACACUCCUACUGACGUCUGUACAGUUAUUUCUGAUCCUACAUGCCUGUGGCCCCAGAACACAGUGUGUGACCCUGUGGAAGUCAAUGACCAAUGCUUGCUGACCAUAAGGAGAGCCUUCAGUGAGGCCGGGAUGUACUGUGUGAACCUUACUUUGGGUAAUGAGGCCAGUCUGGCCCUUACAAGUACACUGGUCUCUAUCAAUGGAAAAGCUCCAGGGUCACCUGCCAGAGUCGGAGCAGGCAUCCUGAUCGCCAUCAGUGCCUUGACUGUAUUCACUGUUCUUUUAACCUUCUUUGUGUGCAAGCGAUACAAAGAAUACAAGGCAAUUGAAAGCUGCCCUGGGAAGGUGCUAAAUAACAAUGGACUAGAUGUUUCUUUCCAUAAGGAGAAGGCUAUGUUCUUCCCAGCAAACAAUGAGAAGGAUCCGCUGCUGAAGAAAGAGCCUGGGAUUGUUUAGCACUGCCAGCAAAUCUGUGUCUUUAUCGUGCACUCUGUACAGGAGUUUACAUUGGAGCUGUCCUUGAGUGGAUGACUGAUAACUGUAUAAGAAAAGGCAUAUUGUAAGUGGUAUACACUUCUUGUAGGUAUAAUUUUUUUUAUAUAGGUUAAAAGAUAUUUUAGAGGAUUGAAGAGGGGAAUUAUACUGCAGGCAGCCUUGGUCAGAUUCUAUAACUAAUAAAGCCACUUGACAACUUUU